CAGGAAAUACCAAAAAAGGGGGUGAGGGCUCAGGCAGAUAGACUGCCGAGGUAAAUGCUCAGCUUUUUACAGCCGAGCCUGCUUGGGACAACUCCACAUCACAACAUUGCAUUUGAUCUGUUUGCCUUGACUGCUUUGAGACUGCCUUGUACUAGUAGCAGCUUUUGUAGACCUGCGUAGUUGCCUGGUUGAUCGGCCCUUUCGCUGCUGCUUUCAACAACGCUCUACUUUCUUUCUACUUUUCUUUCUGAUUUUCUGCUGGUCUGACCAUGAGCAACUCGUUGUCGUUCCUCGAUGGUGUGCCUGAGGAGGUGCCUCUCGCCGCUGCAUUCUCCAGUCUUUGGAAAGACAAAGAACUGCACGAUGUGAAGCUUAGAGGAAACGAUGGUACCAUUACUUCCGCCAACCGCUAUGCACUAUCUGUUCGAAGCGAUGUCUUCCGAAAGAUGCUCCUUGGUGGCUUCAAAGAGUCCUCCGACAAAGAGGUAGAGUUGCCAUACAGCGGCCCUGUACUGGAAGCGCUUCUGGACUACAUUCACACUGGUUCUACCAAGCUCGUAGUCGAUCCCACGACUGCCAAAAGCAUAGAGAAAGUGGAUCAAGAGCUUGUGCUUGGUUUGGUGUCCUUGUUGGAAGCAUCCCUGUUCUUCCAGCUCCCAGAUCUGUGCAAGAAAACGUACAGCUCGAUGAUGCAGCUCCUGGAUGUGAUACCAUCUCUAAGCUUUGUGGUAGUGGAGGCAUGCAUGGAGUAUGGGCCCACUGUUCCUCAAGAAAUUGUUGCUCAUGCCUUUACUAUCAUCCAAACCAAUGAAGAAUGCAUCAAAGAAGACAACUCCUGGGUGGCAGUCAUCAGUGCUCCGACACUGGAAGCCAUUUUCAAAUACGACAGCACAAUUAGAGGAGACCAGUACCUGUUAUGUGAAAUCCUGCAGUGUUGGGUAGAAGAAGACGAAGAACGAAAGGCAGUGGCACGCGAGCUGGUACAAAAGCACAUUUGUUUGGAGGAACUUGACCCAGAGUUUCUGACCUCCUGUGUAAUGGCAUCUGGUAUUGCGACAACUGAACACUUGCUGAGUGCAUUUCAGACCCAAUCGCUUGCUGCUAGAGAAAUGCACGGAAUGUUCUUACGGCAAUGCAAAGAUGCUGUGUGGACCAGUUCGGGAACCGCAAUUGCAACAAGUGAGAAUCUCAAGACUGACCUCUUGAAGUAUCCCGCCAUCAAGGAAGGAACUGUUCAAUGGACAGUGGAGAUUAUGGAUCAUUGUGAUGCUAAGGAUGUUUGGCUUGGGGUUGUAAAGGCAGGAUGUCCAACGUAUGGAGAUGUUUGUGCUAGCUACACCACUGUUGGUGGAGGCGUUGCAUACGGUGGUUGUGGAAUGGUGUUCCACGCAGGCAAUCUAGUUCAUCGGGACCUCCCAAAACUGACAACCGGUUCAAGUGUUACUUUGACAUUGCACGUUCUUGAGAAUGGUAUCGAGCUAUGUGGAUCGGUCGAUGGUGGUCCUUUGUUCCAAAUCCUUCAAGCAAUCCAGGGGCAUGCAGAAGGCUACGUUCCUGCUGUUGCCAUGGCUGUCCCUGGUUCUGUGCGUCUGGAAAAUAUCAAGCUACUCAAGAACAUCUGAGUUGGUACCAACUCAGUGGAAGACGGCAAGCUGGCAACUUCGCCGUAGCGACAUGAAUCAAUUGGACAUUCAAUUGAGAGAAAACUUCACAAUCCAACACAUGCCACUAACAUCCAUUAUUUAGAGUGACGAGUCCAUCUUUCCUCUCUUUUGCUCAUCCGCUUUCUCUGAAUCGUCUUCAUUUGAAAUGCAUUGCUUCAAGGAGCUCCAUUGAUUACCAACUAACUUUCCAGCUAGCUAGGCUAGCAUCACCAACGUUGUUCAAGAAGGCUUCGUGCCGGGACGAUUUAGCCAAGAGUCGGGGUUCAGGACUCGAGUUUGCCGCUCUCUCCUACUAGUAGCUAGUAUUCGUUGAUGAUACGGCAGCUUUAUAGACUAAGCUAGCUAACUUUGUCAUUAUUGUACGAUACGGCGUUGGUCCAAGAGUAUGAACAGGAUUUUCUCCAGGCGAGGUGUCGGACCGGGUGGUGCUUUGAUGUUGGGCCGUGCAGCCAGGCACCUGGCUCGGGCUACGACUGUACUGACAAGUAGCCACCAACUCGACCUGGCGUUCAAUAG